AUGGUGUGCAACCGCCUGCUGCUCUCCGUCUACAUCGUCACCUUCCUGAUGGGGGUCCCCGCCAACAUCCUGGCCUUCUUCACCUUCUGCAAAAAAGUGCGCGGCAAGCCCGCCCCCAUCGACAUCCUCCUGCUGAACCUCACCAUCUCAGACCUCAUCUUCCUGGCGUUCCUGCCCUUUAAAAUUAAAGAGGCCUUUGACGGCAUGGUGUGGCUGAUGCCCUACCCCCUCUGCCCCCUCACUGGCUUCUUAUUCUACGUCACCAUCUACAACAGCACCCUGCUCCUCACCGCUGUGAGUGUGGAGCGAUACCUGGGGGUGGCGUUCCCCCUCAGGUACACCCUGUGUCGCAGACCUCGCUACGCCGUGUACGCCAGCCUGGUGUUCUGGGUGGUGACCUCUCUGAACCUCAGCAUCGUCUACAUCAUGCCCUACGCCCAGUGGAGCAGCGGGGCAGAGAGUGACCAGGACGAAGGCAGCACCACCGGUAAGAACGCCCCGCCUCCACAUACCUGCUACCUGAACUUCACCGAGGAGGAGCUGAAGAUCCUGCUGCCGGUUCGUCUGGAGCUCUUCUUCGUCCUCUUCUGCGUCCCCUUCUUCAUCUGCUGCUUCUGCUACGCCAACUUCAUCCACAUCCUGUCCAAGCUUCCCAACAUCGGCAGGCGGAAGAGGCUGCGGGCCAUCGGUUUGGCGCUCGGAACGCUGAUUGUGUUCGUGGUGUGUUUCGGGCCCUACAACGCCUCCCACGUGGUGGGGUUCGUCCGUCAGGAGAGCGAGGAGUGGAGGAACGUGGCGUUGCUCUCCAGCACCUUCAACGCCUGCCUGGAUCCCUUCAUCUUCUACUUCUCCUCAGCGGCCGUCAGAAGCAUGUUGAACCACUGCGUCAGGAACAUCAUGGCCAAGCUGCACAUCCUGAGGUGUGGAGGCCCUCCUCACCCUCCCCAACCCUCUAAAUGA